UGGCAACCCGACGCACUGUUUGCUUUUGCUGAUGUGUUGUGUUUGUGGGCCUGUUUAAUGGCUUAAUUAUCUGUUUAAUCAAUAAAAUGACUGAUAGAUUCAAUGGAUUUAGCCACGACGAGAUCCUCAAGAUAACGGGGGUCAAGGAGAGCGGCAGUGGCAAAAGGGCGACGGGUCUGGAAGCAGCAAAACAGGCGGUCCGGAAUCAGCCCGGCAUACGGCGCAUGCCCGAUAAGAUCUUCCGGCAGGCAGAUCAGUUGCGGAAGCAGCAGCAGCAACAACAACCGCAGCCGAAGAAGACCCAGAAAGUGGACGAUGCUAAGAAAGCCAAAUCGAGAGCGGCAACUCCCACGGAAAAGACGCCAACUCCCACGGUCGAAGAUGACGCAGAUGCAGCCGAUCGGUUGUCUCUAGACCUGGAUCGACCUCUCUCCGACUCUCUGAUGGCCGCUCUAUACCAUGGUCACGCUCCAGCGAGAGAUAAAGCAGCUGCCACGUAUGCGGAUGCUGGCGGAGAGAAUAGCGAGACGACGUCCACAGACGAUAGCUCGAUUCUGAAAAUGAGCGGGAGCAACAGCCAGGCAAUUAGCUCGGUGGAUGAUGGCAGUAUCCUGCCCAGCACCAAGGACUCUUCGCGUGAACGGCUUAACACAGACUCGCCCUUCAAGGGCGUCUCCCUGAAGGACUUUGAGCAGCAUCGCCGCAUGAUCGAAGAGCAAAACAAGCAGAAGAAGCAGAUGCUCUAUCAGGCCAUAGAGCAGCACACGCAGAAAACAGCGGCGGAGUCCCGCAAGAUCGAAGAGAUCCGCCACGAGCUGUCCAAACUGGAGAGCGAUCUUGCCGUGGAUGUGGCCCUGCUAAGGAAGCAGAUCGACAACGCCUGCAUACAUUUCUCCAAUGUAGAAAAACAAUACGUGAAGAUCGAGGCUCAGUUCCUGAAGGCCAAAAUUGAACUGCACAACGCCUCUGAGAAGAAGGAGCUGCUCACCGAACACCUGUGCACUGUCAUUGCCCACAACGAGGAUCGCAAGGCUCAGAAACUUACGGAACUCAUGCAGAAAGUGGGUCUGGCGCCAACCGACGAGGAGUCACCGGCCCCGUCCACCAAUCCCACUGUCAAUUGAUCACAACUCCCACAAUAUGACUUUAGAAUCUUAAAAAGCGCUGCUCGCUAAAUAUUUGAAAUAGCAAAUAGUAAUUAGGAAUUGAAAUUGGCUGAAAUUCGCUGCUUGCCCAAAGCCAAGUUUUGAGAGCUCUCUUAUAUAAGUGUGUAUUUACUGUUCUUAGUUUAAGCAAAAAACGUGCAAAUCGAAAUAAAAUAUAUAUAUGUUAUGUGUAAAAAA